AUGUAUGAAAACAACUGUGCCAUGAUGUGCUGGAAUGUGCGGGGUCUGAACUCGCCGGCGAAGAGGGAGGUGAUCAGAGAGGUAGCAGACGAGCAUAGGCUAGCCAUUCUCUGCUUGCAAGAAACCAAGCUUGAAACCUGGACGCCCCAGUUGGCCCGCGACGUAGGUGGUAGCAGGUUAGAUGGCUGCACGGUGCUGCUAGCGAUGGGUACCAGAGGGGGCCUCGCCAUCUUUUGGGACAAGGAGGUGCUGCUGGUCGACUCCCACGCCCUAGGGCAGUUCUCCAUCACCGUUUCUGUUCGCGACAUCGCCUCCUCGACCACGUUCUGGCUCACAAAUGUCUACGGCCCAACCAACGACAACCUGAAGGAUGCUUUUCUAGCCGAGAUAGCGGCCGCAGCCCUGCCGCUAGGUCAGCCUUGGCUUCUGAUGGGCGACUUCAACAUCAUAUAUCAGGCCAGUGACAAGAGCAAUCUUAAUAUAAAUAGAAGGAUCAUGGGUAGAUUUAGGAGAGCCAUCGACUUCGCGGGUCUGCGCGAGAUAAAGUGCAAAAAUAGAAAGUUUACGUGGAGUAACGAGCGGGAGCUUCCAACUUUCUGUAGCAUAGACAAAAUCUUCUGCAACAACGACUAG